ACCUGUAAAAAAGGGGCGUCCAGUUUUGACGCUGUCAGUGCGCAGGUGUCAAAACUGUCAAUUUCUCUAAUUUUAUCUGUGGUGUUUAGCAGAAAAACAUAAUUUGUGUGUAAACAACAAGAAAACAUUCAAUAAAACCGUAACGAAAUAUUCAGGUGUUGAAUAAUAAUGGAUAAACAUAUCCAAACUAUAAUAAAAGGAGGAAAAGAAGCAGCAGAAUCGCUACAAUGUUUCGUUGAAGAGGCUUCACAAGUAUUCGAGUUUCCAGAACUCAAUAAAAAUAACCAACGGAAAGAAUUAUGGGAGGCAUUAUUUACAUUGGCCAAAACAGCCAAUAGUGAGAUUACACUAAUGAAUUGCUUUAUCGCAAUUCGUAUAUUAAGUCGGGAAAAAAUGGGUCUGAACGAGUUAAUAACAGACGAAUGGUUCAAACUCAUGCAAAAACACUCCGGUUUGGACGAUCCCCAGUACAAAUUUGAUGCUAGUAAAUUAUUAUUGGCAAUUGAAGUGGAAAAAUGUUUAUGCAAUGUGAUUUUCAACAGUCCUGUUGCUGCAGGACUGUGUUGCAAAAAUGGUGUUUUGGAACAGUUAACUGAACGUAUCAAAAAUCCCCAAGAGAAUAAAAUACCGGAAGAAAUCAGAUUUUACGAUGUUAAGCUCAUUUUCCUACUAACAGCACUGUGUUCUGAAGUUCGCUCAAAAGUAAAGGAAGAAUUAAAAGGGGUCGAAUCUUUGCUUAAAAUGCUAGAUGAGAUGCUGAAAGAAGCGGCCCAAGCAUCACCCGAAAAAAUUAUUUUGGAUGACCAAAAAGUGGACCUGGCUUGCGAAAUUCUGAAAGCCCUAUUUAACGUAACAUUAAGUUACGGCAUCUAUGACGAUAAAGAAGAAAACGAACAGUGUGACCAUUUGGUCACUCUCUUAAGAAUGUAUCUUCUUGUACCAACACAAGAUAAAGAAAAAGGCCUGGCAUUAAAAAACAACGUAAUCAAUUUACUAACAAACAUGCCUGAUUCAACUUUCAAAAAUCUGAUAACACCUGUCCAACCUGGCCAAAACCUCAAACCCAAAUUUCAAUUCGAAGGCCAGAAUAUGACGGCUUUUUACGAAAUCCUGAUGGUGCUAAAAAGCAAAUUUAACAACGUUGAAGGUGUCACAAAACAAUACGAAAUUUUGUGUCCUGUCGUAACAAUUUUAUUGAAAAGUGCAAACAGUGAACGUGCUAUUCGAAAAUAUCUCCGUCUCCAAAUUCUUCCACCUUUGAAAGAUGUGCACAGUCGACCUGAACAAGGCUCCACACUUCGUAAUCACUUGUGUCGGCUUUUAACCACGCCGAUAACACAGUUGAGGGAUUUGGUGGCCGAUUUGUUGUUCAUUUUGUGCAAAAAAAGCGUCAAAAGGAUGAUUAAGUAUACGGGUUAUGGCAAUGCUGCGGGUCUCUUUGCCAAAAGGGGGCUCUUAGGGGGGCGCUCAGAUAGAGGCGAGGCUGAUUAUAGUUCAGGUAGUGAGGGAAGCGAAACUGAAGAAUAUGCCGAAUUUAAACAUGGGAUUAAUCCAGUGAUUGGGUGUUACGAAGAACCGCAUCCCAACGCAAUGGAAAAUAUGACAGAGGAACAGAAAGAGUAUGAGGCCAUGAAGUUGGUCGAAUUAAUGGACAGUUUGACCAGAUCUGGGACCAUCCAACCAUGUAGAGUAGGCGAGGAUGGGAAACCUCAUCCCAUCAAACAUGUGUUACAAUUGCAGGAAGGUAUAAAAGCGCAACAAGUCAACAAUGACAGCGAUAGCGAUGAUUAAUUUAUUUUUAAUAAAUAAUAAAUGUCGUAAACCUAGUCUGCAUUUUAAAAUGAUUGAAUCAAAUCGUUUACUAUUCUAUUGUUUGUAUUUUUAACGAAACGAUGUUAGGAAAAAUAGUGAGAUUAUUUCUUUAUGUACGUAUUUUAUUUAAUAUUAUUUAUGUUGUGAUACUUCCGUUUUAAUGAUCGAAUAAAGUCGCACUGAAUGUGA